GCUUACCGGCUUCUACUGAGCACUGGACACCGAGCACGCGCCACACCGGGACUCCUGUUAUCAGUACCGGGGCACUGUCAGCAGUCCGAGCAUCGCGGCUGUGCGCUGAGCUCAGUCCGCGCACCCCUCUCCGCUCGCGGAUGGACUGUACCGUUUCCCGCAACAGAGCAUCAGAUAUUUAAGUUAAGAAGCGGCGCGUUAGUGUCAGUAUCAGUGAGAGCAGCUCGAGCAGCGGAUUACUGACAGAAAACACAGACAGCGGCAUACAUGUAUCCAAACUACAGGGGUCCAGGCAGAGGAACCGACCAGAACUUCUCAGAUAACAGUUCUGGCUCUGGAUCCAGCUCUGCUAACGUUACUCUCACUACCAGCACUGCCACAACUCAGCACCAAGAGAAGUAUUCAGCAGCAGGCUCCAGUCAGUUCGUGCCCAGUCUCAAUGCGAUAACAUCCAACCAAGACCUGCAGUGGUUGGUGCAGCCCUCACUGUUACCCACACCGGGCCCCUCCAGGCCAAUUCGUCCACCUUACCCAAUGCCAACAAGGAUUGGAUCCGUCAUCCCCCAUCCAACCCAGUCUCAUCUGCUCAGACCGGGGGUCAUCAGAGGCCCGGAGAUCCCUACCAGACGCAGACAUGAUGAACAUAUGUCCCCAGAAGAGCUCGAACGGCGGAGGAUUAGAAGGGAACGAAACAAACUGGCUGCUGCUAAGUGUAGAAAUCGCCGCCGUGAACUGACCGACACACUACAGAGUGAGACGGACCAGCUGGAAGAUGAAAAAUCUCGCUUGCAGAAGGAGAUCGAUGAGCUGCAGAAGCAGAAAGAGAAGCUGGAGCUGGUUUUGGAGGCCCAUCGACCCAUCUGCAAAGUCCAAGACUCAGAUUCAGACUCUGACUCCAGCGCGGUUCUCCCUUCCCUGAGCGGAAUCAAAAUAGAGCCAGCGGAUUCAGAGCUCCCUGGACCUUCAGGAGCAUCCAAGUUCCACAGCAAGCAGGAGAAAGCCAAGCCCAAAAUCACCAUACCCCCUCCACCUGCCACCUUUGCUGCUAACGUCAACCUGGAGUCCGAAACCCUCCACACCCCCAUCCUCAUCUCCACCCCGUCUCUGACCCCGUUCACAGCCAGCCUGGUCUUCACCUACCCCACCCCCUCUCUGGAAGUGAGCGCCGGGUCCUCGUCCCACACCUUCAGUCAUUCAUCCUCUGCCCAUUCUCAACACGGGGCAUCCCAUCCCUCCCGCCAUCUGGAGCCGUGUGGUGUCGCCCACCGCCGGAGCAGCAGCAGCGGAGACCAGUCGGAUCAAUCUCUCAACUCACCGACCAUCCUCACCCUCUAAUUUACUCUUCCAACACUUCCUGCUAUGUAAAACAGUGCUUUGAACUUUCACAGGUGUCUGGACUACUAGGUCAGUGGAGCACAGGUACAGCGCAGUGUGCUAUUUAAUGUACGCUGUAGAUCCAAACUUGUAGCAAUGCAUGCUGAUGCAUGAAGCCUUUAUUAUUUCAUUUAUUACUGAUGGUUAUUCUUAUGUUAUAUGAGAAGAAGUAAAAGAAUGCAGCCUUACAUAUAUAAAUAUAAACAAAGAGAUUUUAUAUAGACAGAGUAUAUAUAUAUAUUAUUAAAAUAUCUAUUUUAUUAAAACAACUAAAAAAAAACAACUACAAGCUAUCGAUACUAUGUUCAAAAUGUACUAUUGUACUUAUUUUUUCAUACUAUUUAAACAAGAGCUGGGCAAUAUGAUGAUAUUUUAUUGUAUCGAAAUACAUUUUCUGAACAUAACGACAAUAUGCUUUAAACGAAAACAUAAAAAAAAUGUUUCAUUGGAUGCAGUGCAGAAAAACUAUAAUAAACGCACUGUACUAUGCAUGAAAAGUGUAUUUUAUCACAUAGUAAUAAAGGUUCAGCACCAUCAGUGCUUAAAGAACACUGACCUCACUGUGUUUCCUCACAGAGAGUAUAUAAAAUCCAGUUUAAGUGAAUGGUGUGCUUCAAACCAUUAAUAAAAAACACUGUACUAUACAUGAAAGAGUAUUAGAACUCGUAUCAGAGUAUGAAAUCGUAUCAGCUGAAAUUAAGAAAUGUAUUGUAAUAUAAAUUUGGCCAUUUCGUCCUGCCCUGAUUUGAAUACCAGUUUUUAAGAUCUGUUCAUAUCGCCCAGCUCUAAUAUACCAUAUACCAUAAUGUAACUUUCUUAUACAAGAAAUGAGCGUUCAUAUAUUUACUGAUAUACAUCUGAUAAAAAGGUACUGUAGAUGGUUAAUGGAUCUUGAUAGACAAAUGGAUGAAUGAUUUUAUAGCUAUAGAGAACACUGCAUUAUAACCACAUUCAGAAUACAGGAUUUUCUGAUUUGUACCAGGUUUACUACAUUAUUACUACAAUUACUGUUAUUUAUGCAUUUUAUACCGUUUGUUAUUAUUUUGUUGUUUAAUUGGUACAGUGCAUUAAGCUACAUCUUGCUAUGGGUUACAGCACAUUCUGUGCCUUAUGCCUGCAGAAAUCAGCGACACACAGAGACAGGCCAGAAACAUGCAUUUCAAUAAUAGUUAGACAAUAGUUACACUGGUUUUGAUGUAUUUUUUAUCGUGUUCAUUUACGAGUUAAGAUAUAAAAUAUGAGACCUAGACAAACAUGCACUUAGAAAGUUUCUAGAUUUUCUUUUUAAUAUUAGAUGCUAGCUAUGAUUUUUUAGUUGACUUUAGUAGUUAUUUAGUAGUAAUAUAUUGAAAUCUAUAAUGUGAGCAUUAGUACAGGACAUUUGAUGCACUACUAGGUUAAACUAUAGAAUUUGAACAGAUUUGUAUUUAUUUUUGAGAGUAAACUAUAUAUUUUUGACAUUUUUGUGUGAUAUUGAAAGCUGUUGCAGACUGUACAACAUUUAAGGUCGUUCAUAUAUUUUUUUGUGUUUUAGUAAAUGGUUGUAAAUCUUUUAUUAUCUGUUGUUUCUAUCACUCCUUUCGUUUUGUGCCUUUAAAAAACAACCCUCUGUUUUGUUACUUGUGUGAAGAUAUUUGUAACUGAUGAAUUUACUGAAUUUAUUUGAUAUACAUACUUUUACAGUUGCACUAAUAAAAAAGAA